AUGGCGGCGCAAUUCAGUAGUGGUGGCGCUGAGCGUAUGGUUUGCGUUAUCUGUUUUAUUCCUUACCACUACUUCUCGGUGGUGGCGCUAGGGUUUAGUAGCCGUGAAAAAAUGAUUUUUGGUUUUGCCAUCAUCUUUUUGCUGUUCCUCUCAGGUAAUGCCCUUUCUUGUUUGCAAUGUGACGGGGUUUCGCAUCCAAGACAUUGUAGAUAUGUUGCUGAUUGUUUUGAUAAUGAGAAAUGCCUGAAUGCGACUAGCCGGGGUUCAAACACUGGAAGUUGUCACGAGUGUUGUGAUUCAAAUCUGUGUAACGCCGCUGGAUGCGGAGAAAUAGGUUAUCCACCACUUCGGGGUCCAGUAGGCUACCACUGUCCAGUUCAAGUAGACGUUAACUCGUGCGGCACGGUAGAAUUCUGCGAACAGGGAGAAACUUGUACAUCUACUGGUGUUAGCAGUGCGUCAAUAGUGGGUCGCGAUUUGAAAGAUGCUCGUGAUCAACCUAGUAUUUAUGUCCGUACAAUUAAAGAUGUCGUCUGCGGAGGAUGUUGUGACGGGGAUCUUUGUAACAAGGGCUGCAAUGGGACACAUACUAUCGCACCAUCACCUUGUGACGCACAACCUUGUGAACAUGGGACAUGCUUUAACCAAAAUAAUGGUUAUGUAUGUGUAUGUGAUUCGGGAUAUGAAGGGAAAAAUUGCAACAUGUUUUUUCCCACUGACUGUUACGAUAUCCUGAACAUGAACCUUGGAAACACAUCCGGUGUGUAUGGAAUACAUCUAUGGAGAACACAUCAGUAUUUGGAAGUGUUUUGUGAGAUGGAUAUUGACGGCGGUGGUUGGACAGUCUUUCAACAUAGAUUCGACGGAUCAGAAAAUUUUAACCAGAGCUUUGACAGUUACACGAAAGGGUUUGGGAAUGCCUCGGGAGAAUACUGGUUAGGUAAGUACUGAAACAUGACUACAACGUUUUACUUGCUGCUUCCUGUCCAACAUUGUAUGUAUUU